AUGCGGUCUUUACCCGCAAUAGUGGGCGCCGCCCUGCCUCUGCAGCUCGCCCUGGUCCAGCAGUUGUUCCUGCAUGGCGUCAUUGCAACACCUGUCGCCAGCGGGCACCAACAAAUCGUCAUUGGUUCAGAGGUCGCAGAAACAGUCGCACAAGAAGGAUCUCGACGUCUAAGUGGAAAGUUUCUACACAUUACUGACUUUCACCCCGAUCAAUUCUACAAAACCCACUCAUCUACCGAAGAAGGCGUCGCGUGCCAUUCUGGCGAUGGACCCGCCGGCUACUAUGGCGCAGAAACCUCCGACUGCGAUACGCCAUCUUCCCUCGUCAACGCGACCUUUGACUGGAUCGCCGCGAAUAUUGUAGACGACAUUGAUUUCGUCAUCUGGACUGGCGACUCUGCGCGCCACGACAGCGAUGAGAGCAUUCCUCGUAGCCCGGGCCAGGUGCUCGGCACAAAUCGAUGGAUCGCCGACAAGUUUGCGGAGACGUUUGGUGACCCGAAAGACUCCUCGAAAAUGGCCGUGCCUGUCAUUCCGACAUUUGGGAACAAUGACAUUCUACCGCACAAUAUCCUCCUGCCAGGGCCCAAUAAGUGGUUAGGAUACUAUGCCGAGAUCUGGAAGCGCUUCAUCCCCGAGGAGCAACGCCACUCUUUCGAAUUUGGAGGCUGGUUCUACACCGAGGUCAUUCCUAAGAAGCUCGCCGUCUUCAGUCUCAACACACUGUAUUUUUUCGACCGAAAUGCCGGUGUCGACGACUGCCAACAGCCGUCCGAGCCAGGUUUUAAGCAAAUGGAAUGGCUUCGCGUGCAGCUGGAGUUCCUCCGCGAACGCGGCAUGAAGGCCAUCCUCAUGGGCCACGUGCCCCCGGCCCGGACCGACAGCAAGAAGAAUUGGGAUGAAACCUGCUGGCAAAAGUACAACCUUUGGAUGCAGCAGUAUCGGGAUGUUGUUGUUGGUUCGCUUUAUGGCCACAUGAAUAUUGAUCAUUUCAUUGUACACGAUACCAAGGAGAUCGACAUCAACAUCUUGGGUGGUUUCGCGGCAGACGACGACGUCGGGCGCGAAGCUUUUGAGGAUGAACUCGAAAUCCAAUCGGCACAGGACUAUCUCACAGAAUUGCGGGAAGGCUGGGCAAAGUUGCCAGCUGUCAACGUGAAGGCUCUCGAGGAGGAAGACACUGUGGAGUCGGAUGCAAAGGGCAAGAAGGACAAGAAGAAGAAAAAGAAGAAGCCAGGAAAGGACUUGGGCGGCAAGUACGCAGAGCGAUACCACCUCUCUCUCGUCGGCCCCAGUAUCGUCCCCAACUACUUCCCCACGCUCCGUGUCGUGGAGUACAACAUUUCCGGCCUCGAGGACGCUGCGGUCUGGACCGACUCGUUCACCAACUCUGUGCCCGCUCUAGCACUCCCGUCGGACGAAGAUCCCGUUCACGAAGAAUUGAAGCGCGAAAUCGACGCCGCCAAGAAGAAGAAGAAGGGCAACAAGGGCAAAAAGGGAAAGAAGCCGACAAAACCCAAGGACCCCAACUUGGUCAUCCCUCAGCCGCCGCCUGCAGGCACCGGCCCCGGCCCAGCCUACGCACCUCAGCCACUGACCCUCCUUGGAUACACCCAGUAUUUUGCAAACCUGACCUACCUCAACAACGACAUGACGCACGAAAGCAAGGACGCAUCUGGGAACAAGUGGCGUGACGGCAUCCACAAGGACAAGGAUCCCAAGUCCAAGAAGCCCAAGCCGCGCCCCUUUGCGUUCGAGGUUGAAUACAGUACCUUUACCGACAAGAUUUACAAGCUAUCAGACUUGACCGUUCGCAGUUACGUCAAGCUGGCGAACCGCAUCGCCAAGGAGAAUGCUAAGAAGGGCAAAGGAAAAGCACUUGCUGAGGAUUUCGAAGACGAUGACGACGACGUAGAAGACGUAGAAGAAGAAGAAGAAGAGUCAUUAGACGAGAAGAAGGAAGUGGUUGAAGACGAAGAGCAGGAUGAUGACGACGCAGACGACGACGAUGAAGAUGACGAAGAUGAAGAUGUAGAAACAGAGAAGAAGAAGGGUAAGAAAGGCAAGAAGGGUAAGAAGGGUGGAAAGAAGAAGAAGAAGAAGCACAACAAGGUGUGGCUGCAUUUCUUAAAGCAUGCGUUCAUCAAGACGGUGCCCCAGAAGAAGUUGAAGAAGUUUUAG